AUGUUUAAGGGAAACUUAAAAUUUCUCAUAAAUAGUCGCCCUUAUCAUCACAUAGAACGCGAAUUCAGUAACCUAAGUCUCGAAAUCCCAACGGUCCGGUUAGCAGGUGAAGAAGAAACGGAUCAAAUUAAACAGGAGAUUGAUCUUGUUAUCAAAGACAGUCUUACAAAUCUUCAGAAAGAGACAGAUCUCAAAUUGACGAAGGUCAAACACCAAACAUAUCUAUGGCUAGCACUUGUCAUGGAUAUUAUCCGCGAAGAUUUACUAUCUCUUACAAAAGCAGGUCGGCAGAAAGCCUUUGGCAAGAUACCUGUUUCAGUCGACCAAGCUUACACGGCUAUUCUUAAGAAAAGUACUAACCAUGAUAUGGCAUGGAAACUUUUGAAAAUCGUUUGUGCAGCGAAAUGGCCCUUGCGCGUGAAAGAAAUAAGCAUUGCGUUAACGAUUCAAGAAAACGACAAAACACACGAAAGCCUUGAAAUACAGACCGAGGACUUCUCCAAACGAUUCAUUCGAGACUUAUGUGGGCUUUUUGUUAUCAUCAUUAAAGGACGCGUCUAUUUGCUCCAUCAGACUGCAAAAGAGUUCUUGAUGACGCCAGGUCUCCCGCCUCAAUUGGAUCUCAGCUCUUCUUUCAACGGGGUUUGGAAACACUCUAUCUCUAUCCAAAGCUCAAAUUUUGUUCUUGUCCAUAGUUGCAUGUGGUAUCUACGACUGGACGAGUUAUAUGAAAAAGACCUUCUACUUAAGAACGAUGACACCAAUCGACUUGUCUUUAAUAACGAACUUGUCUCUAAAUUCGACUUCCUCGAAUAUUCAGCGAAAAGCUGGGUAGCUCAUUUCGGAGCUUCUGAAAUUCCAGAAACACAUUCUUCUAUAAACUUUGGUUUAGACCUUUGCCACAUCUAUGCCGAUCGAUGGGGGGCAAAAAAUAGAGCUUUCGUACGAAGCUUUGUGGAAUAA